UGAACCAAUGAGUCUAUUGGUUUGAACGGAGCUAGUGCAGUUCGUCAGACGGUCGAGUGAUUAAGAGGAGGCCCAUGUUGAAUUAACGUUAUUUCUGUAGAGGAUGAAAGUAGGAAUAGCGCUGACAAAAAACCCACGUCUAGUCAGUGUUGUUCGGUGCUCGGCACGAUGAUUAUAGAUAAUGUGGACGCUCUGAAGUCAUGGCUGGCUAAACUCCUCGAGCCGAUAUGUGAUGCUGACCCCUCUGCAUUGGCAAACUACGUGGUGGCUUUAGUCAAGAAGGAUAAACCUGAAAAAGAUCUGCGAGCCCUGUGUGCUGACCAGUUGGACGUUUUCCUGCAAAAAGAAACUACAGGUUUUGUGGAUAAACUUUUUGAAUGUCUGACCACCAAAAACUACUUGGGAAACCCACCCGCUAAAGAAGUUCCUAAAGAGGAGACUAAACCUCCCAUUGAAAAGCCUGAUGAGAAGGAGGAGGCUGGUCAUGUUGAAGAUGACAGAGACAACAGAAGAAGGAGAAGUCCAUUGAGGAAUCGUUCUGACUUUAAUGAAUCACGAAGUCGAGACGAUCGGCGGCGAGACGACCGUAAACGGCGGGAGCCCGAGCGGCACGGGAAGGUCGGCGAGUCUUACAGAGAGCGGGAGAGGCAUGAGCGUCGAGGAAUAACGUCCAGAGGGCGCAGCCACAGCAGGAGCAGAAGUCGGAGCCGCAGUCGCAGCAGCAGCCGGGGCAGGAGUAGAGACCGAGAGCACGGGCAGAGACGGGAACAUAGGUCCAAAUUCGAGCAGGAGCGAAAGGAUCUGGAGCCAUACACUCCCUCUCCAGUCCCCCUGGGUAACCCUCACCACCAGCAGAAGCCGCUGCAUCCCGCCCCUCUUCUCCCUCUGCCCAACCCCAAGCCACCUUUCCCCCCUUCGGGAAGCCCUGGGGUCCCCAGUGCGGUAACGGCGGUGGCUCCAGCUCACCUGCCUGACAGCACCACGGAAAGCUGGUCCACCUACUUCGCCAAGCACAGCGAGGGCAAGAGCAGUUUACUCAAACAGCGCUGCAGAGACUACGACGAGAAAGGAUUCUGCGUGCGUGGUGACCUCUGUCCUUUUGACCAUGGCAACGACCCUCUGAUUGUGGACGACGUCGCCCUGCCCACCAUGAUUCCUUUCCCACCUCCUGGCAUGCCCCCUGUCCGCAUGCCUCUUCGCCCCAUGACAGAACCUCCUCCUGGCAUGCCCAUGCCUAUGCCCCCUCACGGCCAGCUUCCACCUCCAGGCCUCUACCCUAUGCCAGGGCCUCCUCUAAUACCUGCCAGUGGGCUAGAGGCUCCGCCCCAUGCAAGGACAAGAACCGCCUCUCCUUUGGCCCCACCUGGAGUGGGACCACCUCCUCGUCCUCCACCUCCUCCUCCUUCCUCAACUUCUUCCACUUCUCUGCAUCCUCAGUACACUCUGUCUGAAUAUAACUAUGACCCUGAGGCUUACAACCCAGAGUCUCCAGGUCUCACAGGGCCAGGCAGAAUCCAGUAUCGUCAUUUCAUCCCUCGCAUUCAGACCCAGAGACCCAACCUUAUUGGACUCACCUCAGGGGAUGUACCGACUUCCCGAGCUGCAAAUAUAGUCAUUCAGACCGAGCCAUUGAUAACAAGCGUUUCCAGUAAUGAGAUGAGGUACGGCAUGGAGGCAGAGAACAGGAAGAGAACACUGGGUUCUGUCGAUGGUCCUCCAGUCAAAAAGCCAUGGAUUGACAAGCAACAUUUCAAUAGCCAGCACAAGCCUCUCUUCCCCAAGAAGAAUUACGUCAACACCAAACUGGAAGUGCGUAAAAUCCCUCGAGACCUCAACAACAUAACCAAACUGAAUGAGCAUUUCAGCAAGUUUGGGACGAUAGUAAAUAUUCAGGUGGUGUUCGGGGGUGACCCUGAGGCAGCUCUGAUCCAGUAUACAGCCAAUGAGGAGGCGCGCCGUGCCAUCUCCAGCACUGAGGCUGUGCUCAACAACCGCUUCAUUAGAGUGUACUGGCACAGAGAGGCCACUGCUCCCACCCAGGAGCAGGGCCCCAGCCAGAGCUCCAACCUCGGCCCUCAGCACAACACAGCUCACAAGGUCAUUAAUAAACAGCAUGCCCCGGGGGCUUACGUGCUGAAUAAAACCUUCCCCAAACCCCCACCUCCUUCUGGAACAGGAGCUGCUGGCAGUCUCGACACACUCAGUCCCAAUGCAGAAUCCACACCGGCGAUCACGCCGGCCUCCAGUCUUCAGAAAGGACCUUAUUCACGAACAGUGCUCAAGCCUCCUCCUCCCAAAGCACUGGGGAAGCCAACCAAAGCUCUGGAAGCUCAGGAGGUUUUGAAAAAGAAGCAGGAGGCUUUGAAACUACAGCAAGACAUGAGGAAAAAGAAGCAAGAGAUGCUUGAGAAACAGAUAGAGUGUCAAAAGGUGUUGAUAGCCCGUCUGGAGAAAAACCGAGGCAUGAAACCUGAAGAGAGGGCCAACAUCAUGAAGACCUUGAAGGAACUCACUGAGAAGAUUUCACAGCUGAAGAACGAGAUCAGUCCUGCCUCUGCUUCCACAGCCAGCAAUACACAGGCCAAGACCAAAACAGAAUUGACCACUGCAGAGGACACUACAGACCUGAAGAGGAGGCUGGGUCAGCUGCAAGUGGAGGCCAAGCGGUUAGGGCUCCUGCCCACUGGUCGAGCCAAACCAGCGCUACCUCCAAACCGGGGUCGAGGCAGGGGCCGAGGACGGAGCAUGAGAGGCAGAGGACUGGGCAAUCAUAUGGUGGUGGACCACCGGCCUCGAGCCCUCGCUAUCCUGGGAGUCACACAGGAGGAGAAGGAAGAGCUAAUGCCGCACUUUGUGAAAUUUGGUGAGAUCGAAGAGCUUCGUGACCAAGACGCCAACAGUGUUGUGAUGACGUUCAAGACCCGGAGUGAAGCAGAGAAUGCUGCAAAUCAAGGGGCAAAAUUCAAAGGUCGAAUUCUUCAGAUAUCAUGGUACAAACCCAAAACCCCGUCCAUCUCAACUGAACCAGAAGAAGAGGAGUCAAAGGAGGACGUCAGUACGGAGCCAGUUAGCCCCUUCUUGCUGCCAGAGGAAGAAGAGGACGACGACGAUGACGAAGACGACGAAUACGAGAGCCGCUCUUGGAGACGAUGAAAAAGAAGUCCAACAUAACUUUUUUUUUUUAUUAUUGUUUGUUUCGUCUCCUUGUAAAAAAGGACUGUCUUUUUUUAAAAGAAGAUAAUUUAAAUCUGUUUGAUAGACAUAAAUCACUUUGUUUUCUAAACUAGUUCCAGUAUUUUUAGUAGUAGAGGACAGACAAGAGAUUACAGUGUGUGUGAGCAACACACACUUUCUGUGAAGGUCAGUCUUGAGGGAUGCGCCUAGUAUCUGAAGGGACUCACUUUGUUUAUCUGCUGUGAAACAUCUGCAUAGUAAUGAAAUUCUCUCACUUUUGCUGAGAUUGAAUUCGAAUGAUUGUUUGUAUUUUGUUUUCACUGUGAUUUAAGCAGAAAUCAGAUAUUUUUGAAAUCUUCCCCCUUACCAAAAAAAAAAAAAAAAUCAGAGAUGCUAUCGAUUGGACGUCAUACGAGGUGUGCUUUCUUUAAGAACAAAUUAAUGCCUUACUGAAGUCAAGCUCUUCAGUUCAUUUCCUGAGGUUUUUCCCCCCAUUUAACUUCAGAUGUCUGAAACCUUGUACACCCCAGCUUGAGUUUGAGUGAGUGUUGCUUCUGUUCUAUCUAGAUUUGUGGUGCCACCUUAUGUAAAUAUGGAGCCAGAUGUGUACCUGUCCAGCUGUUCCCAUUUCUCUCUCUCUCUCUCACUCUGUGUUCAGUCAUCCGAAACCAAAGAGAGCUUUGGAUGAGAGUAUAGAAGGAGAUACUAUAGUUAGUGGAGAAAAUGUCAACAGGGGUAUUCUGAAUGUGUACGUUGGGUUUAUAUAUAUAUUUUUUUUUUUUGCCUUACUCGAUCAGCAGAUGGCUGACUGACUUUUUACAAGGUUUCUCACGUUGUUUCCACUUCCUUCUUUUUGUAAAUUUUGUAAAUGCUACAAUAGUAAUGACUGUUCAGUUAAUUAUUUUUAUCUGUUCGAGUGAAUGUUAGAUUGAUGUGAAUAGAGCUUGUUAUUCAUAUACAGACGUGCUUAAAAAAAGUCUGCUUAUUUUUAAAGUGGAGUUGUAAAAGCACGUCCUACCCUUAAACCUAUUACAUAAUUACAAUAAGUGUAUCAUUCGACUUAAACCACAGAUUUGUUUAUUUUAUUUUUUGAGGGUUUUUUUUCUAUGUACAAUAUUUUUUUCUGUGAUGUUCUAAAGAAUAUUUGUCAUUUCAUUAUUGAUUUUAAUCUUACAAUUAUAAUUUAAUUCUUUCAGACGGUUUGUCUCACUACAUCAAACAUUCAAAUGCUUCGUUUUAAAGAAGUAGUAUAAAACAAUUCUUUAAGAACCUGCAUUGAGUUGCUCUGAGUACUUUAAGAGCAGAGUGCAUGUGUAAGCCUGAUACAAAAUAUAUACAUAUAUAUAUAUUUUAUUAUUGUCCCUACAUUACAACAUUUAAAAAAAUUAAAUUGUAUCUAAUUUGCCCCACAGUGAAAGUACUGCUGAUGUGACACAUUAGAUGUUACAGCCUAAAUACUGUAUGUCCUGCCCUUCAUUUGUUUUGUAUAAAUACUUUAGACACUUCAUCAGUUGGAGGAAGUGUUUCAGCCCCCCAUAGAGACGUUUUGUGAAUGGAAAUAUUGCUGUGUUGUAGAACAUUUGAGUAGCAGUUGUAACUUCAGUUUUUCCGUUUUUGUGUUUGGAAGAGUCUUGAAGACUCAGGACUUUCAGUAAGAUUUCAGUAUGGAAAAGAUCUCCAUUGUUUGUUUGUACAACUCUUGUCUAUGCUACCACACCAUGGUAGUGUAACACAUAUAGCAUAUAAUGGAUUUUGACAAUUACUGUUUAUAUAUUUGAAGCUCUAUGGAUGUAUUUUUCAGUUUUCUGUUUGUAAGAUGGAUUUCUAACACUUGCCACUCGCAUGUUUGCUUAUCAAUAAAGACAAAGGAAUGGGGGCGAUCAAAGGAACAUCGUUAAAAAAAAAACAAUAAAAAAAGAAUUUCAAUUGGCUAAAAAUAAAAAAAGAUUCAAAACAUGAUUUUGAAAAAGAGAAAAAAAAAAGACAAAAAAGAAUAAGUUGAUAGCCAUUCCAAGAAUUACCUUCUGAAAA